UGGAGAAGCUAGCUAGCUCCUAUCUCCACGCAGAAGAUCCGCGGCGCUAGUAGAUCUGGUCCAAGGGUCCAGGCGCUCCUGGGGAGCCACGGAGGCCAGGCGAACCGCAGCUGAGCUGGGGACCCGGGGGCGAGCGCUCGGAGCCUUUCCAGGAGAAACGCAGCGCACAGCGCCCGGGCGGUGCCCAGCAUGGAGUGGGAGCUGAAUCUGCUGCUCUACCUGGCGCUCUUCUUCUUCCUGCUCUUCCUCCUGUUCCUCCUGCUCUUCGUGGUCAUCAAGCAGCUGAAGAACUCGGUGGCCAACACAGCCGGGACGCUGCAGCCCGGGCGCCUGUCACUGCACCGGGAACCGUGGGGUUUUAAUAACGAGCAAGCGGUGUGACCCAGCGCUGAGCUGGUCUCAGCUCCGCGGGGAUUCAGAACUACGUCAUCCGGACCCAGGCUGGUACCCUUGACUGGUGGCACAAACUCCGAUCACAGCCCUGCAAAGCUGGACAGUAGCUGGUGGAAAUCUUCUCGAGAAAGGCCAUCCCUUUCAUAUAUGGAGGAAGGCACUCUGUGCUCAGAAAUGCUACCUCUCUUCCCGCAACUCCACUGUCAAUCCAGGAAUAUCCUGGGAGAUCGCCACUGGAGCUGCUUCUACUCACAGCCUACGUACUGGCCAGCAGAGGGAGAAGAAACACUUCCCACACCCGGCGCUGUGCAAAAGAACUCUCUGUGAUGUGGAACUGUUCUAUAUCUGUGGUGCCCAUCGCGGCAACCGCUAGUCACAUGUGUCUAGUACACACUGAAAUAUGGCUAGCGGGGCUUACAUCUUAUUUUGUUUCACCCGAGACAGCCACAUGGAGAUGGUGGCUUUUGUAUGCACUGUUCGUACCAUUCUCUUGUGUGUGCGUUUUAGAGUCAGAAGGGGAGGAGGCGGCUGGUCGUGUGCUCCACACCCCAUGGGCUUCCCUGCUCUUCUUGCAUUGAGUUUGUCUCCUUGAGGAAAAAGAAAAUUAGUAUGUUGGAAACUAAAUUGAAAAUGUUAUUAUCUACCUAUUGCAUGUCUUCUUGUACCAAAUGGAAUAGGUUUUAGUGACACGUGAUCAUGGAAAAAAUGGCAGGGCUGAUCCACCACAUCCCCAUGACCCCAGUCCAUGUUCCUGACAGAGGUCAUUUUUUUUUCAAAGAUUUAUUUGUUUCUUAUGUAAACAGUGUUCUGCCUCUUUGUCUGCCUACACACCGGAAGAGGGCUCCAGAUCUCAUUACAGAUGGUUGUGAGCUACCAUAUGGUUGCUGGGAAUUGAGCUCAGGACCUCUGGAAGAGCAGCCGGUGCUCUUAACCACCGGGCCAUCUCUCCAGCAGGGCAGAGGUCAUUUUGUCUUGUGUUGUUUAUUCCAUUUUAGUUUGUUUAUUUAUUUAUUUAUUUUGGUUUUUCGAGACAGUGUUUCUCUGUGGUUUUGGAGCCUGUCCUGGAACUAGCUCUUGUAGACCAGGCUGGUCUCAAACUCACAGAGAUCCGCCUGCCUCUGCCUCCCAAGUGCUGGGAUUAAAGGCGUGCGCCACCAACGCCCGGCUUUAGUUUACUUUUUAUUAUGGUAAAUGCCAAAUGAUUAUUUUGUGUAUGUUUUUCAAGAUACCUAAUGGUUUAUAUUUUUUAAAGUUGUGAAAUAAACAUAAUAAUUACAAGUAGUUCAGGUUUUUUGUGUGAUUUUUAGUAACAUGUAAUUAUCCAAACUUGGUUGUCUAAAAUUAGGAUAUGGUUAAUAGAGGAAAAGAGAUAUUGAUUUUUAUAUGAUUUCCCUUUUAACGGACAACCUUAUACGCCAAUUAAUGUUACCUUUCAAAAUCAUUAAGAGAUUCUUCUGUUAUGUUUGAAGUUUGAGUAAAGCAU